GCCGCUUCGACCUCACUUCUCCCUCAGCUGCCUGCCUGCCUGCCUGCCUGCACGUCCGACAUCGUCCACGCGCCCACACGCACACCCCUCCACCACGCGCCCCCCGCCCGCCCCCGGACCGACGACUGGAUGUCUCGAUAGCGAGGCUGCUGUUUGCCCCCACCGCGCUGCGCCCAGCGCUCGAGAUGCCCAGCCGACCAGAAAAGCUGCGGCCAAAGCACCAGUCGCUGAUUCUCAGAUGCUACCCGCGCCUGGACACGAAACCCAACGGCUCGGAGCUGGCCUAUCUCCUCUACUAUGUCAGCAGUCGCCAGAACAAGAUCCACAAGGUCGGCGACUACCUGGAGUCGCGGACGCAGUACGAUGUCGCCCACAGCCAGAGCGCACGCGUCCAGAUCACCCUGCAGAUCUUGACGGCCGUCCUCGAGCACAAUGCCAUUAAUCGCGGCUCGGGAUUCGCUCUCAUCUCACCCUCAGUCCUGCGCAUUCUCCGCCAAGUGCUCGACAACUCGACCGACAUUGGCUUGAUCGAGGCGACUCUCGCUACCUGGGACGCCCUGUGUCAGCACCAGGACGCCGCCAGCCUUGCCGCAGACCACGAAUACCGUGACCUGUACACCCAAGUGGUUCACCUCUAUGGGUCUCUCGCCAAGAAUAACACCAAGAAGAUGGGCAGCUCCACGCAGCCUGUCGCCAAUCACGAUGCGCUGCGGCUGCGCAAGGCCGGUGUUGCCGCCAUCAUGAGCAUCUUCGCCCCCGCAGAACAGCUCGAGCGGGACUGGAACCGCGAAUUCGACUACUCAUUUGCUGCCGUGCUCACCAAUUUACGCAACGCAGGGAAGCACGAUUACAUCGACUCCUUGCAAGGCCUCUACCGUGAAGCUGAAGAGAAGGAGGGCAGAGACAGCAAAACCCUGAAUCGGAGGCAGAGUAUAACACACUCGAGGACACUGUCGGGAUACCAGGAAGAGCAGGCACCAGAUCCGCGCACUGCCGAAGGCACAGCGCAAGAUGCCGAUCGAAUCGAAGAAGAAGAGGUGGGCUUACUCGCCACUGAUUGUGUCAAAGCUAUUUUCAAUACGCAAAAUCGCGGCCAAACGCGAGAAGCUACCUUCUCCUUCAUGCGCUUCAUCGCUGGCGAGCAGGGCCGCAGCAUCAAUGACUGGGCCAGCCAGUUGUUCAGGCUCAUUACGUCUUGGACACCCGUGCAAGAUCGCUUCGUGAUCCUGUUCACUGCUGUGGAGACGCUCAGACGGCUGCCAGUGGACGGUGCCGAUUUUCGACUGCACGAAACCUACGCAAAAAUGAUCCACGGCGUCGUUAGCUCGGAUCUCAAUCUCAUCGGCCUUUCAGUCAUGGACGUGCUGGUUGGGUUGAUGACCACGACAAUCCGAGCCGUCUCAUAUUGCGCCCGCCCAGGAAACAAUCUCUUGACCCGCGAGACUACAUCUGCCAGCAACGAACAGAACGCGGCCAUGUCGACGGUGGAGACACUAAAGCAGAGCAUCGCAUGUCUGGCCGGACACAUUUACUACUCGGACCAGGUCACGGACAUGAUUGCGGCCAUUCUUGUGCGAGUAAAAGCAUAUCCCUCCGCUGCGGACUUCAAGAGUAACAUCUUUGGAGAAAGCAGAUCGCGAUCAAACACCCGUGCCACUGAAAACACAACGCCCAGGCACCGUCUUGGCACCUCUCGCGGGACGAAGACCUCUGCCAAUGCUGCAUCACCGGCUCGCCCAAGCACAGCUGCAGCAAGUACAACCCCCGCGACCAAAGACUCGGCUCACGAUGACAGGUCAGACGCGGACAGAGAAACCAGUGAGCGAAGCAAUAGCCUUCGAAGCGGCUACUUCACCACCGAUGAAGCCCGAAAGUGCGCUUUUGACAUCAUUCGGAGCAUCAUUGAAACCGCUCAGGUGGGCAAGAAGCAAACACAUACCAACGUGUUGAUCAAGCGGAAUCGCGUCAAUGUCGGAGUCUGGGAUGGCACGCAAUGGCUGGCGCGAAUCGGAUCUGAGGAUGUACGCAACGCGUACAAGGAUGCAGUUGCUACGUGGGCUCAGCUGGAGUCCGAGGAGAAAGAUGCGAGCUAUCUCGAUUUCGAGGCCGAGGAUUGCUUUGGCAGGUUUGUGGAAAAGGAAAAGGCCGCGUCUCUGCGUGGCAGCAUUGGCCAAAGCCAGCAAAGUCAUCCGCAAUUGCUCAUGCUCCCUAACAAUUUUGGUGGCGAGCGGAGAUUGAGCUCUGGCAAUAUCAGCAGCAACGUGGGAGCUUUCGAUGGCAAUGGCUCGAUAAAGCCGAGGGUGCGCGCCAAAGACUUGGAGGAGAUUAUGGAAGGCAAGCGACAGGUUGAAUUGGCGGUGGAAGUCAAUCAGGGAGAGGAGGUCGAUUUGCAACAAUUGCUUGCUGGGAUACAGGUUGAUGAGACGAAGAAGGCGAGAGUACCGCUCAUGGCUGCUCCACCUUAUUAGACUCGUCCUCGCCACUAAUUGUCGAUGGUCGACGGACGGGCAGAUUUUGGCUAGGACUGAGCAUGCAUGGUGAGAUAUAGACGAUGAUACCCGGAUAAUAACAUCCCACCUAUAGAGUGCCACUGGCAAGAGCAUUGCGAAGAAUCCACGGCGGCAGACAUAGUCAUGAGGUUCUGAUCCUUACCGACAGGGCGAGUGACACAGUGAUAUUGAUGGAAAG